GGGUUCAAUUUCUGGCCGAUGCGAUACUUUUUUUUACCAUUCAUUAUAUUUUUCUUAGUGGGUUAAUUAUUUUGUAACUCUGUUUUUUUUUUCAGCAUUAGCAUUAAUUGGGGGUUGUGCUGGUUUUCCGGCAGGAUGGGCUGAAGAAGACGUUAGAAAAAUAUGUCUGACCUCUGACAUGUACAACUUGGGAACAUGCAGUUUCAGGUGGGCUUACCUUUUGGCAGCAAUAGGGUGUUUAGAUGCAAUUAUUUUAGCCACAUUGGCUUUUAUCCUAGCUACAAGGCAUGUUCGACUUCAACCUGAUCCUCAAUAUGCACCGGCAAGUCUUUACAAAGGUGAAAUGAAUAACGGAUUUAUUGGGGAUGCUGCAAGCAUUGCAGGAUCAAGAAAGUCCUUAAAUUUACACCCCGUAUUACUCAUGCAUCCUGGACAAGACGACACGUAUUCCCAGUUCUCACAAAGAACUGUCCCACGAUCUAUUCAUUCUGGUCAUUAUUCCCACCCAAUGCAUAAUGGCUUUCAAUUAUAACGUGCCACAUAAUUUGUAAUAACUUUGGUAAUUUUAUUACUAAAUAAUUGUAUAUUUUAACAAU